ACGUACACAGCAGAUUACAGAUCUGUAUAUUAUGGUCAUUUGCUAAUUAAAACCUGCCUGCAUGACUAUACAUUGUUGCUGAUGGGUAACGUCCCAACUGCAGUCAAGCAUUGUCUCAGUUACCAACACCUUCUAAAAGAUCAGAUCUGGCUUGGAGAUGUGACAACCUCUGAACAGGAGCCAAGUGCACGUGGUCUUCCAAACUAUGUGAAAGUAGUAGAAGUUGGACCAAGAGAUGGUUUACAAAAUGAAAAGGCAUUUGUACCCACUGACAUUAAAAUUGAGUUAAUCAACCGCCUCUCAGAAGCAGGUUUACCGGUCAUAGAAGUCACCAGUUUUGUGUCUUCCAAAUGGGUGCCACAGAAAUCGAGACUCAUCAGACCAGGCAACAUUUUUCCAGUCUUCAACCGUCCAAUUUUGAUGUCAGAUCACACAGAAGUAAUGCAAGGCAUAAAGAUGUUCAGCGGCGUACGCUACCCUGUUCUUACUCCAAAUAUCCAAGGGUUUCAAACUGCAAUUGUGGCAGGAGCUAAAGAAGUUUCUGUAUUUGGAGCAGCAUCAGAGUCAUUUAGUGAGAAGAACAUUAAUUGUUCUAUUGAGGAAAGCAUGGAAAGAUUUGAGGAAGUCAUAAAGUCUGCUCAGAGUGUAAAUGUCCCAGUGCGCGGGUAUGUAUCUUGCGUAGUUGGUUGCCCAUAUGAAGGAAACAUUGAAGCUCAUAAAGUAGCCGAGGUAUCUAAAAGACUGUACAGUAUGGGUUGCUACGAGAUCUCACUUGGGGACACUAUUGGAGUUGGGACACCAGGCAGCAUCAGAAAAAUGCUGGAAGCCGUUAUGAAAGAGAUUCCAGUGCAUGCCCUGGCUGUUCAUUGCCAUGAUACUUAUGGACAAGCUCUGGCAAAUAUUCUUACAGCCAUGCAGAUGGGUGUGAGUGUUGUGGACUGCGCAGUUGCUGGACUUGGAGGAUGCCCUUAUGCAAAUGGUGCAACAGGAAAUGUUCCAACAGAAGAAGUAUUAUACAUGCUGAACGGCCUUGGUAUUCAUACGGGGGUUGACCUUUACAAAGUGAUGGAAGCCGGUCAUUUUAUUUGCUCUGAAUUAAAUAAGAAGACAAAUUCUAAAGUUUCAUUAGCAACAUAUUCACUAUGAAUAUUAGUGUACCUGCUUAACGUACCUGCUUAAAUAACAAAUCUGCUAUUAUGUUACAUUCCAUGAACUGAAAUCUAUUUUAGGAUAUAUUAUAUAUACAUAUUUUUUCUAGACUGAGAAAAACAUAGCUAUAAAUUAUGUUUAGUGUAGCUUCAAUAUUAAAAGUAUUUUCCUGUUAUGGUUAUGCUGUUAUAUGCAGCAAUAUGAAUGUAAAAAAGCUUCAUUGAAUGCUAAUUGAUUUUAGUAGCAUUGGAAAACAAUAGCUAGAAUAAGCCAAAUGUAUACAUAUUCUAGUGGCUGCCCAUACUAUAUAUUAUAUUAAAAUUUGUAUUGUGCUUUCAGGUUUAAUACUCUUGGGUAGUCUAUAAAGUGUUGGAGUGUAUGACUAAAAUAUUGGGACCUUUAUGUUGUUUGUGACACAUCAGCUAGGCAAUUUACAUAGCAUAUUGCCAAGCCUAAGCUGGGAGAUUCCUGUAGUCGUAAUUGGUUUUCUAAAAUUCUAUAGUGACAUUAUUAAAACCCACAGGAAUAGAGCAGGGGACAUGUCAGAUAAAUUGAUUCCCCUCUACAUUGAAAGAUUUUAACUGGAGCCAAGUCUGCUGACGUAUUCCCAUAGGUUUAGUUUACACAUACAUUGUGAACUCCUGUAGUCUAUUCCGGCACAAGAACAGACUACUGGAGUUCAUCGUAUCUGCCAUAGACAUAUAUUGCCUCACAAAGCCGGAUCCCCGUUGACUAUCAUAGGAUAUGACCGGGAUCCUGCUGCUUCCCGGAUAAAUGCCAGACUUCGGCAAGAGAAAAAAUACUGUAUGCAAUAUUUUUUGUCAGGCCAAAAGCCAGCAUUUAUAACCAGAAACCUGCCAGAUCCCAGUUGUAUUGCAAUAUAGUCAAUAGGGAUCCAGUGGUGAGUGGCAAUAUCCGGCUAUGCCCGAUACGAUGAACUCUGGUAGUCUGUUCCUUUGCUGUAGUUCAAAAUGUGCAUAUAAAUGUACGCUAAAAAUGAAUGCACUGCAGUAGAAAAACUAACUCCAAUUGUAAGCAAUUUAUUUAUUUUUUAUUAGGGAAUCUAAUUCAGUUAUAGUGAUGAUCUGGUUUGCAUAGCCCCUUGCUAAAUAAAGAAAAAUGUCCUUCAACAAUUAUCUGAUUACAGGAGGAAAGUGGUCAGGAACUUAUUUUACCAGCAACAGAAUGAUGCACUACAUCAUGGCCAAAAUAGGCAAUAGAGAGGUGAUCAUAGAACAGACAUCUACUUCAAUUUUCAAGUCUUGAAAGAGAGCUACUUGAAAUGUGUGAAUAUCAAAAAGACAGCCACUAUUGUAUGGUUAAAUAUAGUGUUCAAGGGAGGGCAAAAUUACUAGCAUGGCUCCUGGCUCUUCUGUCUAUCUAUCUAUCUAUCUAUCUAUCUAUCUAUCUAUGGUCUAUCUAUCUACCUAUCUAUUUAAAUACAUUUUCCUGAUUACUGAAUACAAAUUUGGUUUAACAGUUUAAAAACCAGCUUUAGUCAUUCUGUAUUUAUUUAAUUUGUUUGAGUAGU